AAGCACGUUCUUAAUGCCCAAGCAGCUAUUCGCUCUCCGUGCUGCAGGAAAUGGUUUGAUUGUCCAGAAUGUCACGAGGAGAAAGAGGAUCACCCAUUAGCUAAGAGUUUAGAGUUGGCAUUCAUGUGCAAGAAAUGUAAAAGGGCAUUCAGGAAGGAUAUGACAGUAUUUGAAGAAUCAGAUGAGUUUUGUCCACAUUGUGACAAUCACUUUGUAAUUGAUGCAAAGACACCAGAAGCAGCACUCAUGGUUGAAGGUGAAGACGCUCGCGUGGAUAACAGGAUGAUAAAGGAUGAGAGGAGCAAAAUAGACCCAGAAAGAACUAUAAACGCUCGUAAUAAUGAACUUAGUGAUAGAAUCGGAUAA